GACGUCUCUCAUGCGCUCUGAUGGCCCUGUAUUUUUUAGGCUUUAAGUGACUAAGAGGAGUUUGAAAGAGCGUGAAGUAUUCGUACGCGAUGGCGAAUGGUGGUGAACAGAAUGGUAACUGGAACGGCGGCAACGGCGGCGGUAACGGUGGUGGCGGCAAUUGGAAUUGGAAUGGCGGCAACGGAGGGGGUAAUGGAGGUGGUGGAAACUGGAAUGGUGGCUUUAAUGGUGGCGGUGGAAAUUGGAACGAUGGAAACGGAAAUGGCAGUGGAGGCGGUGGAAAUGGAAACGGCAGGAACGGCGGAAAUUGGAAUGGUGGACGUCGGGGAAACUGGAACCAUGGUAGGAAUUGUAACAACGGCGGAGGUAAUAGCGGGAACUGGAGAAGAUCGGCGCGGUGUUACAAUUGCAACCAUAUCGGCCACAUCAGCCACAAGUGCAACGCUCCUCGGCAGAACCAAGGUGGUGAAAACUGGAAUAGUAAUGGUAAUAACUAUAAUAGGGGUGGAGCAAGCUGGAAUAGUAACAACGGUAAAGGAGAUUGGCAGCCUAACACUAACGAGGGAGCGAGCAGCUCCUCUUCCUCGGGUGUGCCGGCAAAUGCCAUCGGCAUCAGCAAGGACCUGGAGGAAUCCUUGAAGGCCGUAUACCUGUUUUCGAAAAGGCAAAUAGAACUGGAGGAACGUCGUGAGACCGAGUGACGAAAAUCGGAGGAACAUAGGAAACGUUUGGAGGAUGAAAGACUAGCGAGAGAAGAGAAGAGCCGAGACGAACUCGAGAAGAAGAAGGCGAAGGAGAAGAAGGAGGCCGAAAGAGAACGGAAGCUGGAGAUGCUGCUGUCUAAGCAGAAGGAGACUUUGCGGGAGGAAUUUGAAAAAAUGUUUGAUAAAAAACUACGCAAAGC